UUGAAUUAUUACCACUAGUGACCCCUAGCUAGGUCCUUUACAAGUAACAGAGACACCAGCGACAGUAAUUAACGUGGGGCCGCAGAUUUGAUAAUUUCGUGCACAAGUAGCAGACAUUUCCCAUUUUCGUAUGAUUACCACGUUCGUUUAGGACUAGAAGUAGACUAGAAGUAGAUCGCUCCUUUGAGGCAUCAAACUUCUGGUUCAACGUUAAACAACAAUGUCUUCUCAUUACGGUGUUAUUCACUUUUUCAAGAAGAUUGAAGAAGACACCCUUCGAAAUGGGAAGCUGAGGAUUCCUCGAAGUUUUGUGAACGAAUGUUGGGAAGGAAUAAUAUCUAAUCCUGUACUCCUUCUACUUCCUAACGGUGCUAAAUGGAAUUUGAGAUGCAAAAAACAUGAUGCUGAUGUUUGGUUAACUAAUAAAUGGAAGAAAUUUGCAGAAUUCUAUUCUUUGGAUCAGGACCAUCUUUUGGUGUUCAAAUAUGUGGGGAAGUCACAGUUUCAUGUUAUAAUACUUGAUCAAACUGGCUUGGAAAUAAGGUACCCUUUGAUGGAAGUAACUUCUGAUGGAGAAGAGAAUGGUAGUAAUUCUUUACGCCAGAGUAAGAGGGCAAAACCCCCCUUACCAUUUUCUCGUUCAACUAAGAAGUUGAAAACCAAUCCAAGAAAGGAACCGAAAUCUUUUCCAAGGCAAGAUGUUGAAACCAGAGGUACUCAAUCUCGAAGGACUCAUGUACACCAAUUUGAUAAUGGAAUGCCUAAAAUUAGAGGUGAAGAAGAAAUCAUGCAUGCCGAUAGGAGACCUUCAAAAUCUAAGGUCAUUCCAAUUGAUAAGGAGCAAUCUGCUAUAGAAAGAGCCAAGGCUUUCUGUUCUAACACUUCCAUCAUUAUACAAAUGAGAAAAACAUACAUUCAAAGUAAUCUGAUCGUGCCAAGCAGAUUUAUAAGAAAGCACCAACGAAAGGAAUGUGACAAAGUUAUUCUUCGGACUUCUGAUAAUAGAACAUGGGAUGCCAAGUUAUGUGUGAAUCGAUGCAAUGGGCAACUUUAUCUUUCUACUGGUUGGAAGGAUUUUGUUAAGGAUAAUAACUUGGAAAUAGGGGAUGUAUGUAUUUUUGAGCAAAUGAAGUCAGGAGGAACAAUUUCAUACACAGUUCUUCUUUUUCAUGGUGAAGAAGAAUCAAGUUCUCCAAUCAUAAUUCCAGAUGCUGAAAUUCCUAGAUUCAACAACCAAAAGUUAGAGAAUGACCCGAAGCCUAAUGAUGAGAGCAUACCAAUGGACUUGAUCUGCGCAUUGGGGAGAGAUCGUGGCCUGUGACUGGGACGAUUAAUUGGAAAAGAAAUGAAGUUUGUGUUUAAUUGAGUAAUUAUAGUGUUAUAUCUUCCCGUGUGUCCCUUACGUAGCUUGGCAUGUGGAUAUGAAUUUUGGUAUGGACGAUCUUGGAUCUUAAACGUUAACUUUGAAUUCAC